AUCGAAACUGCCACCAGCAGCGAGAUCCAGACACAGUGCGCCAGGCUGCCACCAUGAGAAGACCCCACCCGGCCUAGAAUGAGGACCCACAACACCUCCAGUUCUCCAUCUUCUUUGUGCUGUUUCCUGCAAAAUAAAUAUGAAGGACCCAGAGAAGGGCUCCCUGUGCUCAGGCCUGAUGUGCGGCCUCGUCUGCCAGCUGCUAUUCACUAUCGUUUCAGGUGUGACCUACAUGGCAUAUCCGCUGGCUGGCAGCACCGCCGGGGGCACAUUAAUAACCAUCCUGUUUAAUGACAGCACCAUGGACAACCAGCAUCUGGUCUGUUUUGGAAAUGGACCCCAUCUUGAGGUGCACAUGACAAGUCCACAGAGGCCUCCAGUAAUUUGUGACCUUCUCCUGUCUUACACAUCCUCUAUCCAAUGUAAAACAAGACCGAUGAGACAUCAAGAAAACACCUAUGAGCUACAAGUGUACUACGAUGGACAACCAGUCAUGCAGACGACAGUGGUCAGGUAUCAGUUCUCAACAGCAGAGACUCCGGAGAUUCAUGACGUUGGCCCAUCAGGUGGAGUUCCUGGGGGCAUCAUUGAGCUGUCUGGGAAGAUUAUGACCAGCAACUACGAAGACUACGAUUUCAAUGUUGAGUAUAUUGAAGGUCCUAUAAUUAUGACAUCUGAGCAGGAUGGAUGGACCUCUGUUUGCACAUUGGUGGACAGGAUCUCUAAAAGCACCUACCCCAUAGAGGUGAAGGGUGAGAUUGGAAGUCUCCGAUGCAGGACUGCGGGCAGUUACAUUGGUACACAGAACCUCACAUUUUCCAUAUUCAACAAAGGAAAGUCCAUAGUGAGCAGAGACGCCUGGAGCAUCAGUGCAAAACAAGAACUAUUUCUAUAUCAAACAUUCUCAGAAAUACGCUCCAUAUUUCCAGAUGUAGGCAGUGUAGGAGGAGGAACGGAGGUCACCAUCAAAGGAGACUUCUUUAUGGAUCCGGUUAAAGUCAGCAUUGCAGGAAACGUCUGCAGGAUCAAAUCCUUGUCACCACAAGCCGUCAUAUGUACAACUGGCCCGACUGGACAAUAUGUAAAAGCUCCAUAUCCAGGUAACAGAGGUCUUCUGUAUGAGAUGUGGGCUGGAGCACGAGUUACAGAAAUGGACAAGCUUUCACUUCAGCUACGUUCAGUGGUCCUGAGCGCAAGUUCCCCACCAGAUGUCUUUUUAGGUCCAGGGCAACCUAUCAGGUAUCAGAAAGAUCUGAACAGAACCAGAUAUUAUCACAUUAAAUUAAAUCAAAGAAGGGCCUGGUAG